CAGCCUCGCCUCGGGUGUAGGGAUUGCAAAGAAAAGCAAAACUACACUGUCAAGACUGUGUAGUUUUGUUUUUACUGAUUAGAGGCUCAACGAUUCUCAUAUUGGGAUUGUCUAAAAUCUUACUCUGGAUAAGGACGUCGUUUACGAAACUUUCGCUGGGCUUAGCCCACUCCUUUUAGGCACUCUUGAGGAAUCAGAGUGCCUAUAAAGAUGACAACAAAACCACCAACAUUUACGCAGCCGUUACAAAGUGUUGUGGCACUGGAGGGUAGUGCCGCAACCUUUGAGGCUCAUAUUAGUGGUUCCCCAGUUCCUGAGGUGAGCUGGUUUCGGGAUGGCCAGGUUAUCUCCACUGCAACUCUGCCCGGCGUGCAGAUCUCCUUUAGCGAUGGCCGCGCUAAACUUGUGAUCCCCGCCGUGACAGCAGACAACAGUGGAAGAUACAGCAUACAAGCCACCAAUAGAGCUGGGCAAGCAACUAGUACCGUUGAGCUACUUGUCACAGCUGAAACAGCACCACCAAACUUUACACAACGUCUACAGAGCAUGACAAUAAGGCAAGGAAAGCAAGUUCGACUUGAUGUUAGAGUGACUGGAAUCCCUACACCUGUGGUGAAGUUCUAUCGAGAUGGAGCAGAAAUUCAAAGCUCCCUCGAUUUUCAAAUUUCACAAGAAGGAGACCUAUACAGUUUAAUAAUUGCAGAAGCUUAUCCUGAAGACUCCGGAACCUAUUCAGUAAAUGCCACAAAUAGCGUGGGACGAGCUACUUCAACAGCCGAAUUGCUGGUUCAAGGCGAGGAAGAAGUAGUACCCGCUAAAAAGACAAAGACAAUUGUUUCGACUGCUCAGAUUUCGCAAACAAGACAAGCUAGAAUUGAAAAGAAAAUAGAAGCCCACUUUGAUGCUAGAUCACUUACAACUGUUGAAAUGUCCAUAGAGAGUGCCACAGGACAACAGCUCCCACACAAGGCCCCUCCAAGAAUGCCUCCUAAACCUACAUCAAAAUCACCAACUCCACAAAUAAGUGCAGCAAAAGUACAAAUGGCACGACAGCAGUCACCAUCUCCCAUUAGACAAUCACCAUCACCUGUAAGACAUGUUAGAGCACCAACACCAUCACCAGUCAGGUCAGUAUCUCCUGCUGGAAGACUCUCCACUUCACCUAUUAGGCCUGUGAAAUCUCCAGCACUGAUCCGUAAAGCACAGGCAACAGUAGCCACUGCUGCUGAGGUUGUUCCUCCUUGGAAGCUGGAAGGUUAUGCCUCUGCAGCUGAGGCACGGAUGCAGGAAACUAGAGUAACUACAAGCGCUACCCAGAUAAGGACAGAAGAAAGAUGGGAAGGGAGAUAUGGUGUCCAAGACCAGAUGACCAUUAGUGGUGCUGCUGCUGGUGUCUCUGUUGCUGGUAUAGCUGCUGGUGCUAAAGAGGACAUUGAUAAAACAGCAGCUGUUGCUACUGUAGUUGCUGCAGUUGACCUGGCUAGAGUGAGAGAACCAGUUCCAAGCCCUGUAGAGCAGGUUUCUAAAAGGACAGCAACGACUGCGGUACACAUUCAACCUGUUCAGGAACAGAUGAGAAAGGAAGCUAUGGUAGUAGUUACUACUGAUAAAUCCAAAGAACAGGAAAUAAUAUCAAGAACUAGAGAAGGAAUUGCUGCCAAACAAGAAGUACAGAUCACUCAUGAAAAGGUAAGAAAGGAACCAGAGAAAGCUCCUGUACCCAAGGUAAUAAUUGUUGCUGAUAAAGCCAAAGAACAAGAAAAAGUAUCAAGAGCUAGAGAAGAAAUUUCUACAAAACGAGAGCAAAUUCACAUCACUCAUGAAAAGAUAAGAAAGGAUGCUGUGAAACCUUCUGUGCCUAAGGUAGUAAUUACCACUGAUAAACCUAAAGCACCAGUCAGAGUAUCGAGAACUAGAGAUGAAGUUGCUACCAAAGAAGAACAAGUACGAGUAACUGAUGAAAAGAUUGGAGCUUACAAAAAGGCUGAAGCUGUAGCUACAGUUGUUGCUGCAGUUGAUCAUGCACGUGUUAGAGAGCCCUGGGAGCUAGAGCGUGCUGAAGAAGGCUAUGCUGAGCAGACAGCUUUGGAAUAUGGAUAUAAAGAGCGUACUAUGACAGGUCACGUUGUUGAGGUGCCAACUGAACGUCAUGUUGUCACCAAACCAGUACACGUUCCUUCUGAAACAAAAGUUUCCACUACUGAAAAAAUGGAAAUGCCUGUAUCAACACAGAUUAAAAGAACAGAAGAAACCAGAACUGAAAAAACAGUCCUUGUGGAACACACACGUCCCCGGACAGCAAGUCCUCAUUUUAGAGUUUCAAAAAUUACUGUUCCUAAACCAGAUCAUACUUAUGAGGUUUCAAUAGCAGGAUCUGCUAUAGCUACUCUGGAAAAAGAGUUAUCAGCAACAUCUGUUCAAAAGAUCACCAGACCUGUGAAAUCACCACAAGUAAAACCACCUGAAACCAGAAUGAUGGCAGAGAAGGUUGUCCCUCCACAAUUUCCCUUUGGAGAGGCAGGUGACGCCUAUAAGAGUCGUUAUGAUGUUGAGACCAAAAGAGACAUAAGUGUGAGCAUUACAGGUGGUGUGGUACGGGAAGAACACAUUGAAUUAAUGCAAGAAGGUGAAGCAAAGGUAACUGAAAUAGCUAGAGUUCCUGAGCCAGCAGAAGUCCCUGCUACCCCACCAACCUUAGUCUCAGGACUGAAAAACAUUACUGUUAUUGAAGGCGAAUCUGUCACUUUGGAGUGCUACAUCUCUGGCCAUCCAGCCCCGACUGUGUCAUGGUACAGAGAAGACUAUCAGAUUGAGAGUUCCAUAGACUUCCAGAUUACCUUCAAAGCAGGAGUUGCUCGCCUUGUGAUUCGUGAAGCCUUUGCAGAAGACAGUGGAAGAUUUACUUGCACUGCUACCAAUGCAGCUGGAACUGUCAGCAGUUCAUGCCACUUACAUGUGCAGGUUUCUGAGGAGAUUGAGAGCCGAGAAGCAGUUUCUGUGAAGGCUGUCACAGAAGAGAAACGCUAUAUGGAAUCAAAAGAUGUGGUAAUGGAAGAUGCCACUAUUGCAGAACAAGAAGUGUUUGGAGAAGCUGCGGCUCCUUAUUUUAUAACCAAACCUGUAAUUCAGAAAUUAGUUGAAGGUGGAAGUGUCAUUUUUGAGUGCCAAAUUGGCGGCAACCCAAAGCCACACAUCUACUGGAAAAAAGCUGGGGUACCUCUUACUACUGGUUACAGACACAAAGUGAGUUACAAAAAAGAGACUGGGGAAUGCAGACUUGAAAUUUCGAUGACCUUUGCUGAUGAUGCCGGAGAAUACACUAUUGUUAUUCGCAAUAAGCAUGGAGAAGCUUCUGCAUCAGCCUCUUUACUGGAAGAAGCUGAUUAUGAGAUCUACAUAAAAUCGCAACAAGAAAUGAUGUACCAGACUCAGGUGACUGCAUAUGUACAAGAACCUAAAGUGGCUGAGAUAGCCCCAGCUAUUUUAUAUGCUGACUAUGAAAAAGAAUAUGAAAAAGAACAAGCUCUAAUUAGGAAGAAAAUGGCAAAAGACACUGUGCAGAUCCGGACUUUUGUAGAUGAACAGGAAUUCCACAUUUCUUCCUUUGAAGAAAGACUUAUCAAAGAAAUUGAGUACAGAAUUAUUAAGACCACCCUAGAAGAACUCCUGGAGGAAGACAGAGAGGAGAUGGUGGUUGAUAUUCCUGAAUCUGAAACGGUUGAAGCAGGAUUUGAUUUAAGAUUAAAGAAUUAUAGAAUAUUUGAGGGAAUGGCUGUAACUUUCCAUUGUAAGAUGACUGGAUAUCCAUUACCCAAGAUUGCGUGGUACAAGGAUGGUAGACGCAUUAAGCAUGGAGAGCGCUACUACAUGGAAGUUCUGCAAGAUGGCAGUGCUAGUCUACAUUUACCUGUUGUGUUGCCUGAAGAUGAAGGAAUUUAUACAGUCUUUGCUAGCAAUGUUAAAGGAAAUGCCAUUUGCUCUGCAAAGCUGUACAUUGAACCUGUUGCACCAGUUGGAGCUCCAGGUUAUAUGCCAGCACCAGAUGUUAUGAAAAGAUAUCGGUCUCUUUCUCCCCGUUCCCCGAGCCGUUCUCCAGCCCGUAGUUCUCCAUCUCGUUCUCCUGCCCGCAGACUAGAUGAAACUGAUGAAGGACAACUGGAGAGAUUGUAUAAGCCAGUUUUUGUGUUGAAACCUAGUUCCUUUAAAUGUGCAGAGGGGCAAACAGCGAGAUUUGACCUAAAAGUAGUUGGCAGACCCAUGCCAGAAACAUACUGGUUUCAUAAUGGUCAACAAGUUGUUAAUGACUAUACUCAUAAAAUAGUAGUUAAAGAAGAUGGCACACAGUCAAUGAUCAUCGUCCAUACUAGUCCUGAUGAUUCUGGUGAAUGGACUGUCAUUGCUCAGAACAGGGCAGGCAAAGCUACGAUCUCUAUGACCUUGACAGUGGAAGCUCAAGAACAUCUUGUGAAACCACAUUUUGUAGAAAGACUGAAGAAUGUUAGUGUCAAAGAAGGUACUAAACUGAAAAUGUCAGUGAAAGCUACUGGUAACCCUAAUCCUGACAUUGUAUGGUUGAAGAACAGCGAUAUCAUUGUACCUCAUAAAUACCCAAAGAUCAAAAUUGAGGGAACUAAAGGAGAAGCUGCACUUAAAAUUGAGUCCACUGUCAAGCAUGAUGCUGCAUGGUAUACCGCCACUGCUAUCAAUAAAGCGGGGCGUGACACUACACGGUGCAAGGUAAAUGUCGAAGUGGAAUUUGCAGAACCUGAACCAGAAAGGAAAUUAAUCAUUCCAAGGGGAACAUACAGAGCAAAGGAGAUUGCAGCACCUGAGCUUGAGCCUCUCCAUUUGCGUUAUGGUCAAGAACAAUGGGAGGAGGGAGACCUUUAUGACAAAGAGAAACAACAAAAGCCGUUCUUUAAGAAGAAACUCACUUCACUGAGGCUCAAGCAGUUUGGACCAGCUCAUUUUGACUGCAGACUGACACCAAUUGGUGACCCCACUAUGGUGGUCGAUUGGCUACAUGAUGGCAAGCCCCUGGAGGCAGCCAACAGACUCCGCAUGAUUAAUGAAUUUGGAUACUGCAGUCUGGAUUAUGGAGUAGCCUAUCCUAGAGACAGUGGAGUGAUCACUUGCAGGGCAAGUAACAAAUAUGGUACUGACCACACAUCGGCUACUCUUAUCGUUAAAGAUGAGAAAAGCCUUGUGGAAGAAACUCAGUUGCCGGAAGGCAGGAAGGGACUGCAGCGAAUUGAAGAGAUGGAAAGAAUGGCCCAUGAAGGGGCCCUUGCUGGAGUGACGGAGGACCAAAAAGAGAAGCGAACACCAGAAAUAGUUUUGGUCCCUGAGCCUGCAAGAGUUCUGGAGGGUGAAACGGCGCGAUUUCGCUGCCGUGUCACAGGCUAUCCACAGCCCAAAGUCAAUUGGUAUCUCAAUGGGCAGCUCAUUCGUAAAAGCAAAAGGUUUAGACUCCGCUAUGAUGGUAUCUAUUACCUGGAUAUCGUGGACUGCAAAUCAUACGAUACAGGUGAAGUGAAGAUUACAGCAGAAAAUCCAGAGGGGGUAACGGAACAUAAAGUGAAACUUGAAAUCCAACAGAGGGAAGAUUUCAGAUCUGUCCUUCGCCGGGCCCCUGAACCCAGGCAUGAGCCAGCAGCAACAGAGCCUGGAAAACUUCUUUUUGAAGUGCAAAAGGUAGACAAGCCUGCUGAGGCAACUACCAAAGAGGUGGUGAAGCUAAAAAGGGCUGAGAGAAUCACUCACGAGAAGCUAACAGAAGAGACUGAAGAGCUGCGCAGUAAAUUCAAGCGUAGGACAGAGGAGGGCUAUUAUGAAGCCAUUACUGCUGUGGAACUUAAGUCUCGCAAAAAAGAUGAAUCAUAUGAAGAAAUGCUUAGAAAGACAAAAGAGGAACUUCUUCACUGGACCAAAGACUUAACCGAGGAAGAGAAGAAGGUACUUCUUGCUGAAGGCGAACUCACCAUUCCAGCUAUCAAACCAGAGAGGCUUGAGCUUAGUCCAAGUAUGGAGGCUCCUAAGAUACUUGAACGAAUUCAAAGUAAGACAGUAGCCCAAGGUAGUGAUGCACAUUUCCGUGUUAGAGUAGUAGGGAAACCAGACCCUGAAUGCCAGUGGUUCAGAAAUGGUGUACAGAUUGAGCGAUCUGAUCGGAUAUAUUGGUACUGGCCUGAAGAUAAUGUUUGUGAAUUGGUCAUCAGAGAUGUAACAGCUGAGGACUCUGCCAGCAUCAUGGUGAAAGCAAUCAAUAUAGCUGGUGAAACUUCAAGCCAUGCUUUCUUGCUAGUACAAGCCAAACAGUUGAUAAGUUUCACGCAAAAUUUACAAGAUGUUGUUGCUAAAGAGAGAGAUUCCAUGGCAACCUUUGAAUGUGAAACCUCAGAACCCUUUAUCAAAGUGAAAUGGUAUAAAAAUGGAAUAGAAAUUUUUUCUGGAGACAAAUACAGGAUGCACUCUGACAGAAAAGGUCACUUUCUUUCUGUACUAAUGAUUGACAUGUUAGAUGCUGAGGACUACAGCUGUGCAUUGGUAGAAGAUGAAACUGUAAAAACAACUGCUAAACUUAUUGUUGAAGGUGCCGUUGUUGAGUUUGUUAAAGAACUUGAGGAUAUUGAAGUCCCAGAGUCCUUCUCAGGCGAGCUUGAAUGCGAGAUUUCCCCUGAAGAUGUGGAGGGGAAAUGGUAUUGUGGCGGUGUGGAGCUCACAUCCAAUAGUAAAUACGUUAUUACAUCCCGGCGUGGUCGCCAAAUUCUCACUGUUAAAGAUGUUAGUAAGGAAGACCAAGGAGAGUACAGCUUUGUUGUAGAUGGCAAAAAAACCAGUUGCAAACUGAAGAUGAAGCCUCGUCCUGUAACUAUUCUUCAAGGACUUACUGAUCAGAAAGUCUGCGAGGGUGAUAUUGUGCAACUUGAAGUUAAAGUCUCCCUAGAAAAUGUUGAGGGUGUCUGGAUGAAGGACGGUAUUGAAAUUCAGCCAAAUGACCGUGUGCACGUUGUGCUGGACAAGCAGUCACAUAUGUUGUUAGUUGAAGAUGUAACAAAGGAAGAUAGUGGAAAUUACUCCUUUAAUAUUCCCAGUCUUCUUCUUUCAACCACUGGACGAGUCUCUGUUUAUAGUGUGGACAUAGUGGUGCCACUAAAAGAUGUUCACACUAUUGAAGGAACAAAAGCUGUCUUUGAAUGCAAAGUUUCAGUUCCUGAUGUGUCUUCAUCCAAAUGGUACCUAAACGAUCAACAGAUAAAGCCUGAUGACCGUCUACAAGCUGUCUGCAAAGGCACUAAACAAAGGCUAGUGCUUACCAGGACCUAUGCAUCAGAUGACGGACAAUACAAACUGAUGGUUGGCAAAGUUGAAACCAGUUGCAAUCUUACAGUAGAAAAAAUUCAGAUUAUUAGAGGCCUUCAUGACAUCACAUGCACUGAAACUCAGAAUGUAUCCUUUGAGGUUGAGCUAUCUCAUGCAAGUAUUGAUGUUUUAUGGCACUUCAAAGACCAAGAGCUCAAGCCUAGUCCUAAAUAUAAAAUUGAAGCACGUGGCAAAAUAUAUAAAUUGACAGUCAUCAACAUGAUGAAAGACGAUGAAGGUGAAUACACAUUUUACGCUGGAGAAAAGAAAACAUCUGGGAAGCUUAUAGUAGCAGGUGGUGCCAUUGCAAAGCCUCUCACUGAUCUAACAGUGGCUGAAUCCCAAGAAGCUGUUUUUGAAUGUGAGGUGGCAAAUCCUGAUUCUGAUGGCCAGUGGUUGAAGGAUGGUAAACCAUUAUCUAUGACCGAUCACCUCCGAAGCGAAUCGGAUGGCUUAAAGAGGAGACUUAAUAUUCCAGUCACCAAGCUAGAUGAUAUGGGUGAAUAUACCUACAAAGUGGCAUCCUCAAAAACAUCUGCCAAAUUGAAGGUUGAAGCUGUUAAAAUAAAGAAGACACUAAAGAACCUAACUGUAACAGAAACACAAGAUGCAGUUUUUUCUGUGGAACUUACCCAUCCUGAUGUUAAAGGAGUUCAGUGGAUCAAAAAUGGCAUUGAACUUAAAUCAGAUGAUAAAUAUGAGAUUACAGUAAAAGGAACUGUUUACACACUGCAAGUGAAAAAUUGUGUUAUCACUGAUGAGUCCAUUUACAGUUUUAAGCUUGGAAGGUUAGGUGCCAGUGCCAGACUCCACAUUGAAACUGUUAAGAUAAUCAAGAAGCCAAAGGAUGUGACUGCUUUGGAAAAUGCCACUGUUUCCUUUGAAUUGAGUGUUUCCCAUGAUACCAUACCGAUCAAAUGGUUCCACAAAAAUGUUGAGAUUAAGUCAAGUGACAAGUACAGAAUGCUCUCUCAAAGGAAAGUUCACAAGCUGAUGUUGCAGAAUAUAUCUCCCUCUGAUGCUGGAGAAUACACAGCUAUAGUAGGGCAAUUGGAGUGCAAAGCAAAGCUGUUUGUGGAAACUGUACAUAUUACAAAGACCAUGAAAAGUAUUGAGAUUCCUGAGACCAAAACUGCCUCCUUUCAGUGUGAAGUAUCUCAUUUCAAUGUACCUGCUGUAUGGCUAAAAAACGGUGUGGAAAUUGAAAUGAGUCAAAAGUUUAAAAUAGUGGUUCAGGGGAAACUCCAUCAGCUCAAUAUCAUUAACACAAGCAGUGAAGAUUCUGCAGAAUAUACAUUUGUCUGUGGGAAUGACAGAGUCAGUGCAACUCUGACAGUGAACCCUAUAUUGAUUACAUCCAUGCUGAAAGACAUCAAUGCUGAAGAGAAAGAUACAAUAACAUUUGAAGUAACUGUCAACUAUGAAGGCAUCACAUACAAGUGGUUAAAGAAUGGAGUGGAGAUAAAAUCAACUGAUAGAUGCCAGAUAAGAACUAAAAAGCUUACACAUUCUCUUGCCAUAAGGAAUGUCCACUUUGGUGAUGCUGCAGAAUACAGUUUUGUUGCUGGGAAAGCUGUUUCAUCAGCCACUUUAUACGUGGAAGCUCGACACAUUGAAUUUAGGAAGCACAUUAAAGACAUUAAGGUUGUAGAGAAGAAACGAGCCAUUUUUGAAUGUGAAAUCUCAGAACCUGACAUUUCAGUGCAGUGGAUGAAGGAUGGCCAGGAACUCCAGCUUGAUGACAGAGUGAAAGUUCAGAGGGAGAGAUUUGUCCAUCGCCUCCUCAUUUCUUCCACAAAGAUGUCUGAUGCUGGACAGUACACUGUAGUAGCAGGAGGAAACAUAUCCAGUGCUAACUUAGUUGUGGAAGGUCGUGAUAUUCGUAUCAGAAGUAUCCAUAAAGAUGUUCAGGUCACUGAAAGACAACGAGCUGUAGUUGAAUUUGAAGUCAAUGAAGAUGAUGUUGAUGCUCGCUGGUAUAAGGAUGGCAUUGAGAUCAAUUUCCAGAUUGAGGAAAGAUAUCGAUAUGUUGUGGAAAGACGAAUCCACCAGAUGAGCAUCACUGAAACAAGAUACAGCGAUGCUGGGGAAUACACCUUUGUAGCAGGAAGAAACAGAAGCUCUAUUAUCCUUUAUGUUAAUGCUCCAGAGCCACCCCAUAUUAUUCAGGAGCUUCAGCCCACCACCGUGGAAUCUGGUAAACCUGCCCGCUUUUGUGCUAUAAUAUCAGGUAGACCACAGCCCAAAAUUUCCUGGUAUAAAGAUGAGCAGCAGCUAUCUGCAGGCUUUAAAUGCAAGUUUCUUCAUGACGCACAAGAAUACACUCUAUUGUUGAUUGAGACUUUCCCUGAAGAUGCAGCAGUUUAUACGUGUGAGGCAAAGAAUGACUAUGGAGUUGCCACUACUUCAGCUUCACUUUCAGUGGAAGUCCCAGAAGUUGUUUCUCCUGAUCUAGAAGUGCCAGUUUACCCACCUACUCUUAUAACACCACUUCGAGAUGUUGUUACUUCUGAGGGACAAUCUGCUUGUUUUCAGUGCAGAGUUACAGGGACAGAUCUGAAAAUCUCUUGGUAUUGCAAAGAUAAGGAGAUCAAGCCAUCUCGUUUCUUUAGAAUGACUCAUUUUGAAGACACUUGCCAGCUGGAGAUUUCAGAAGCCUAUCCAGAAGAUGAAGGAAUUUAUACCUUUGUUGCUAGUAAUUCUAUAGGCCAAGUGACAAGUACUGCUAACUUGAAGUUGGAAGCUCCAGAAAAAGUUCUUCAAGAGAAGAUAGAAAAACAGAUUGAAAUGGAAGUGAAAGUCGCCCCCAUACUGAGGAGGAGACUCGAGUCGCAGGAAGUAGCCGUGAACCACCUGGCCAAGUUUAGCUGUGAGAUUGAGACUGCUCCUAAUGUCCGAUUCCAGUGGUAUAGAGCUGGCCGAGAAAUAUAUGACGGCGACAAGUAUUCCAUCCAUACCACGAAAUACGUGUCCACGCUGGAAAUCCCAAGACCUCAAGUAGUUGACUGUGGAGAAUACAGCUGCAAAGCAUCCAAUCAGUAUGGCAGUGUAAGCUCUACAGCUAUUUUAACGGUGACUGAAGCGUUGCCUCCAACCUUUCUUACCAGACCCGAAUCGAUCACUACUUUUGUGGGUAAAAAUGCCAGGUUCCUGUGUACCGUGUCAGGUACUCCAGUGAUCGACACGGUGUGGCAGAGAGACGGCGCUGCCAUCUCUUCUUCAGAACAUCAGAAGAUUUCAACCGUUGAUAAUAAGCAUAUUUUAGAGAUUAAACAUGUUACAGUAAACGACAGAGGAGUUUACACUUGCAAAGCCUCAAACAAGUUUGGAGCUGACAUCUGCCAGGGGGAAAUGGUAAUUAUUGAUAAGCCACAUUUCAUUAAGGAGUUACAGUCGGUGCAGUCUGCUAUCAAUAAGAAGAUACGUCUGGAGUGCCAAGUAGAUGAAGAUAGGAAAGUAACAGUAGCGUGGAAUAAAGAUGGGAACAAAAUACCCCCAGGCAAAGAUUAUAAAAUUUAUUUUGAAGACAAAAUAGCAUCACUUGAAAUCCCCCUGGCUAAACUUAAAGAUUCAGGGCAUUAUGUAUGCACGGCUUCGAAUGAGGCUGGAAGUAGUUCCUCUUCUGCAACUGUCACAAUCAGAGAGCCACCAUCAUUUUUGAAGAAGGUAGAUCCAUCUUAUUUAUUGACACCGGGAGAGUCAGCACACCUUCAGUGCAAAAUCAAAGGGUCUCCUGAAAUCCAAGUCACGUGGUUCAAGAAUAACAAAGAAAUUAGAGAGAGUAAUACGUACAGAAUGUCAUUUGUCAACUCUGUAGCUGUCCUAGAUAUUUUCGACGUGAAAGUUGAAGAUAGUGGAAGUUACUCUUGUGAAGCAGUUAAUGAUGCUGGCAGUGAUAGUUGCAGCACUGAAAUAGUUGUCAAAGAACCCCCUUCUUUCAUCAAAACGCUUGAACCGACAGAGAUAGUGAAAGGAACAAACGCUACACUUCAGUGUGAGGUUGCUGGUACUGGACCAUUCGAAAUUAGCUGGUUUAAAGACAAGAAGCAGAUUCGCAGCAGUAAAAAAUAUAGAUUAAUCUCUCAGAAAUCUCUUAUUUUUCUGGAGAUCUCUUCCUUUAAUAGUGCAGAUGUUGGUGAAUAUGAGUGCGUUGUAGCUAACGAAGUUGGUAAAUGCUUCUGCGGUGCAACGUUCAUACUGAAAGAACCACCAUCUUUUAUUAAGAAAGUCGAAAAUGUUACUGCACUUGUUGGAGACACAGUUACUUUACAGUCCGUUGUGAAGGGGUCCGCUCCUAUUUCUAUAACGUGGAUGAAGGGGAAAGACAUUAUUAAAGAAGAUAACAAAGUCAAAGUGACCUUCGAAAAUGGUCUUGCAACGCUGCAGAUCACGGAUGUCCAGAUUAGUUCUGGUGGCAAGUAUACAUGUGUGGCGGAGAAUGAUGCAGGAAGUCAAACGUGUUUUGGAGAAUUAGCAGUGAAAGAACCUGCCCAAAUUACUGAGAAACCUGAAUUGAUUGAGGUGACUGCAGGAGACCCAGCAAUUUUGGAAUAUACUGUGGCAGGCACUCCAGAGUUAAAAACGAAAUGGUUCAAAGAUGGCAAACCGCUGGCUUCCAGCAAAAAGUAUAGAAUCAGUUUUAAAAAUAAUGUUGCCCAGCUAAAGUUUUAUACCGCCGAAAUACAGGACAGUGGCGAGUACACGUUCGAGAUUGCAAACGAUGUUGGACGCAGCUGGUGCACCACCACGUUCACUGUGUUAGACCGAGCCAUUGCUCCGUUCUUUGUUAAACCAUUGAGGAAUGUUGACAGCGUAGUCGGCGCCUCCUGCCGCAUGGACUGCAAAAUCUCUGGCUCCCUUCCAAUGUGUGUUUCGUGGUUUAAGCAUGACGACGAACUAACUACCGGUGCCAAAUACACAGUAGUGUUUGCGGAAGGUUCUGCGUCUUUGGAAAUAAAACAUCUAGACACGAACGAUUCUGGCAUUUACACUUGCAGGGCUACAAACUCCGCGGGCAGUAAAGACAGCAGUAGCACUUUGGUUGUAAAAGAGCUACCCAGCUUCGUUGUAGAACCAGAGUCCCAAGAAGUAGCACCCGGAUCGACGGUGCGUUUGAAGAGUUCCUUAAAAGGAACACCGCCACUCACAAUACAGUGGUUUAAGGGUGCCCGUGAGCUGGAAACCGGCGGAGCCUGCUAUAUUAUGACUGAAGCUUUAGCGAGUUACUUGGAACUCUACGCUGUAAAGCCGUCUGACUCAGGGGACUACACCUGCAAAGUCAGCAACGUGGCUGGUUCAGUUGUGUGCAGUGCAAACUUGUUUGUGAAAGAACCUGCUGCCUUCGUCGAGAAGCCAGAGCCAUCACAACUCUUAAAGACAGGCGAUUACGCGCAAUUAGAUUGUCAAGUAACUGGCACCCCUCAGAUAAAAAUCACCUGGUUCAAAGGUGACCGGGAAAUUCAGGAAAGUGCCAAAUACAAGAUGUCCUUCGUGGGCUCCAAGGCGACUCUCAAACUUAUAGAUGUGGCGAUUGAAGAUAGUGGGGAAUAUGUCUGUGAGGCCAAAAAUGAUGCCGGCAAAGAUAUUUGCAGUAGUGUUGUCACAGUCCAAGAGUCACCUUAUUUUUGCAAGGAGUUUGAGCCCAUCGAAGUAUUGAAGGAUUCUGACGUUGCUUUGGAGUGCGAGGUGUCGGGUACGCCUCCAUUUGAAGUAUUUUGGUUGAAGGACAACAAGCCUGUCAGAAGCAGUAGGAGACACAGAAUAAGCAUUGAGGAUUCAUUGAUUAGCCUCCACGUUUUCAGGUUUGAUGCCUCCGCUGUUGGUGAAUACCAGUGCAGAGUAACUAACGCGGUAGGAAGCUGCGUCUGCAGCGCUGGGGUGACCCUAAAAGAACCCCCGCAAUUUGUGAAGAAGAUUGAAAACAUCAGCUCUCUGAGAGGAGGCUCCGCUGUGUUUCAGGCCGCCGUGAAGGGCUCUUUGCCCAUCACAGUGUCGUGGCUGAAAGAUAACGACGACGUCAUUGAAGAUAACAAUAUCAAAAUGACGUUUGUGAACAACGUGGCCACUCUCCUUGUCAGGUCUAUUGAAGUGAAGCAUGACGGGAAAUAUUUCUGUCAGGCUAAAAAUGAUGCGGGAAUUCAAAGAUGCUCUGCUUUACUAACAGUGAAAGAACCCGCAACAAUAACUGACAAGGCCGUGUCAAUUGACGUCACUGAGGGAGACCCAGCAACCUUGCAGUGUAGAUUUUCAGGCACUAAAGACAUUGCAGCCAAAUGGUUCAGAGAUGGAAAAGAGUUGACUUUGGGCCCGAAAUAUAAAAUCAGUGUUACAGAUCAAGUGUCCGUCUUAAAGAUAGUUCAUACGGAAAAGAAAGAUAGUGGAGAAUACACUUUUGAGGUUCAAAAUGAUGUUGGAAGCAGCAGCUGUACCGCAAGCAUUAAUGUGCUAGAUCUUAUCAUACCGCCCAAGUUCACAAAAAAGCUAAAGAAAAUGGACAGCAUUAAGGGUUCUUUCAUUCACUUAGAGUGCAUAGUGUCUGGUUCACAUCCUAUAAGUAUCCAGUGGUACAAGGACGACCAAGAGAUAACGGCUAGUGAAAAAUACAAAUAUUCUUUUCAUGAUAAUACUGCAUUCCUGGAAAUCAACCAGCUGGAAGGUUCAGACAGUGGAUCUUAUACUUGUGAGGCAACAAAUAAAGCAGGAAGUAACCAAUGCAGUGGAUAUUUAACAGUCAAAGAACCCCCGUAUUUUGUUGAAAAACCACAGUCACAAGAUGUUAUACCUAAUGCUAGAGUUCUGUUCAAAGCUCUUGUGAAAGGUACCACUCCUAUGCAGAUAAAGUGGUUUAAAGAUAGCAAAGAACUUCUCUCAGGAGCUACUCGCUCUGUCUGGAAGGAUGACACGUCAAGUGUGCUAGAGCUCUUUGCAGCAAAGACUUCUGAUUCAGGGAACUAUACCUGUCAAAUAAGCAAUGAUGUUGGGACAGCAACUUGCAAAGCAGCCCUGUUUGUGAAAGAACCACCCAGGUUUAUUCAGAAGCCUAGUCCCGUAGUAGUUUUGAGAAAAGGACAAUCCACCAGUUUCGAAUGCCAAGUAGCAGGCACGCCCGCAAUCCACGUUACUUGGUAUAUGGAUGGGAAUGAAGUAACGGACCCUGCUAAGUAUGGCAUUGCAUUUGUAGACGGUUUUGCCACUUUCAAAGUAGCCAGUGCGAAAAUAGAGGAUAGUGGGAUUUAUGUUUGUGAAGCUCACAACGACGCGGGUAGUGAGAGCUGCAGCAUUGAACUGAAAGUGAAAGAACCUCCCACAUUCAUAAGGGAGUUGAAACCUGCUGAGGUAGUGAAGGGUUUUGAUGCCAUUCUGGAAUGUGAAGUCUCCGGUACUCCUCCAUUUGAAGUGACAUGGCUGAAGAAUAACAAGGAGAUUCUCAGCAGCAAAAAAUACGCCAUGAGCGACAAGGAAUCUGUAUUCACCCUUGUUGUAACCAACUGCGAUUUUUCAGAUGCUGGGGAAUACCAGUGCAUUAUAUCCAAUGAUGGGGGUAGUUGUUCUUGCAGCACAAGAGUCAGUUUGAAAGAACCACCUUCCUUCAUAAAGAAGAUAGAAAACGUCGCUACCGUCUUGAAGGGUUCCGCUGUUUUUCAAUGCACAGUAGCGGGUGCUCAUCCUUUAUCAGUGUCAUGGAUAAAAGAUGAAAAAAUUAUCGAGGAAGAUGAGAACUUCCAUAUCACGUUCGAGGACAAUGUGGCUACACUGAAAAUAAAACAUGUUGAUAUUGGUCACAGGGGGAGAUACACCUGCCAGGCAAAGAAUGAGUCAGGAGUUGAAAAAUGCUUUGCCUUGCUCUUAGUACAAGAACCCGCUCAGAUCAUAGAAAAGACUAAAUCAGUUAAAGUGACUGAAAAAGACCCAGUGACCUUGGAGUGUACUGUGGCUGGAACACCAGAACUCAGACUGAAAUGGUAUAAAGAUGGCAAACAGCUUCUGCCCAGUAGAUAUUAUACCAUGAGCUAUGACAGUAACGUGGCCAGUUUCAGGAUUGAAUCGGUAAUGAAGGAGGAUAGUGGUACAUACGCUUUUAAGGUUGAAAAUGAUUUUGGAAGCAGCACCUGUGAAGCUGUUUUGACAGUUUUAGAUCAAACAAUCCCUCCAUCAUUUACCAAAAAGUUAACGAAAAUGGAUCAAGUUCUGGGAUCGUCUAUUCAUAUGGAGUGUAAGGUUUCUGGCUCACUCCCCAUUACUGCUAAAUGGUAUAAGGAUGGAAGAGAAAUACAUGAUAGUGCAAAAUACAGGAGCCUAUGCCAUGAGAAUACCGUAUCAAUGGAGGUUUCUAAACUAGAGUUGGCAGAUACUGCAAAUUACACGUGUAGCGUAACUAAUAUUGCUGGGAGUGACUCUUGCAGCACCGUCUUAACAGUAAAAGAGCCAGCAAGCUUCCUAGUAAAACCUGAAAACCAACAAGCCGUCCCGAAUUCUGUGGUGGAGUUUAAGACUGUGUUGAAAGGAACGCCUCCGUUUGCAAUAAAGUGGUUUAAAGAAGAUUUGGAACUCGUAUCUGGAGCUAAUUGUUUUAUUGGGAUAGAAGGGUCAACAGGUUUCUUAACUCUCUAUUCGGUGGAUGUUUCAAAGAGUGGACACUACACUUGCCAAGUUUCCAAUGACGUUGGUAGCGAUUCUUGUACUGCAACCUUGCUGGUAACAGAACCUCCAAAGUUUGUUAAGAAGCUAGAAGCAUCAAAAGUAGUAAAACGCGGUGACUCCGCACGGUUUGAAUGCAAAAUAAGUGGAUCUCCGGAAAUUCGAGUGGUAUGGUACAGAAAUGACAAUGAGAUCAUUGCCAGUGAAAAAUUCAGGAUGUCUUUCAGUGAUUCUGUGGCAGUGAUUGAAAUGAACCAUCUCAGUACUGAAGACAGUGGGGAUUACAUAUGUGAAGCUCACAAUCCUGCUGGCAGGGCGAGCUGCAGUACUAAGGUUAUAGUGAAAGAACCUCCUGUUUUCAGCAGGAAGCCUUCCCCGGUAGACAUGCUCAAAGGUACUGAUGUGAGUCUUGAAUGUGAAAUUUCUGGAACGCCCCCAUUCGAAGUCAUGUGGUAUAAAGAUAAGAGACAAAUCCGCAGCAGUAAAAAGUACAAGGUUACAUCCAAAAAUUACCAUGCGAGUAUUCACAUUCUUAAUGUCGACGCCUCAGACAUUGGCGAAUACCAAUGCAAAGCACAGAACGAGGUCGGGAGUGACUCUUGCAUUUGCGCAGUACAACUGAAAGAACCACCAAAAUUCGUGACGAAAAUAAACAGUGUCUCAGUUGUGGUUGGUGAACCAGUAGAAUUACAAGCAACAGUGGAAGGCUCUCAGCCAAUUUCUGUCCAGUGGCUUAAAGACAAGGAAGAUGUCGUUAGAGAAAGUGAAAACACUAGGAUUGCAUUUGUGGACAACGUUGCAACUCUACAGCUGGCAAAUACAGAACCAGGCAGCGCGGGAAAAUAUAUCUGUCAGAUCAGCAAUGAUGCUGGAACUCGGGAGUGUAUGGCUACCUUAACAGUUCUAGAGCCGGCAAUCAUUGUAGAGAAGGCAGAACCAAUGAGAGUGACGGUGGGAGAUGUUUGCACUUUAGAGUGCAAAGUGGCGGGCACACCCGAACUUUCAGUUGGCUGGUUUAAGGAUGGGAAAGAACUGACAAGCAGCCACAAAUACAAAAUUACCUUCCACAACAAAGUAUCUACGCUUAAAAUUCUCGAGUCGGAAAAGGGAGACAGCGGUUUGUACACCUUUGCAGUGCAGAACGACGUUGGAAAGAGCAGCUGCACAGCCUCAGUUGAUGUUUUAGAUCGAAUCAUUCCGCCUUCUUUCACAAGAAAAUUAAAAGAAACAAAUGGUGUGCUGGGUUCUUCGGUGCUUCUGGAGUGUAAAGUAUCUGGGUCGCCACCUAUUUCAAUCGCUUGGUUUCAAGAUGGAAAAAAGAUAGUUAGUGGAGAAAAACAUCAAAUCACGUUUUUAGAUAACCUCUGUGUUUUGCAACUGAAUUCACUGACCUCAUCAGAUACGGGAAGUUACACCUGUAAAGCUACUAACGUAGCCGGGUCUGACGAAUGCAGGGCUGUAUUGAACGUACAAGAACCACCCUCGUUUGUGAAGAAGCCCGAACCCUCGGAUGUUUUACCAGGCACAAGUGUAACUUUCACAAGCGUUAUCAGAGGAACCCCUCCAUUCAAGGUGAAUUGGUUUAGAGGGGUCAAUGAACUGGUGCCAGGGGAUAAAUGUAACGUCUAUGUGGAGGAUUCGGUUGCAGAACUGGAGUUGUUUGAAGUUGGUCCGCUUCAGAGCGGAGAUUAUACUUGCCUAGUGACUAACGAUGCUGGAAAAGCAUCCUGUACUGCACAUCUUUCUGUAAAAGAACCAGCGGUGUUUGUGAAGAAAUUGAGUGAUCACUGUGUUGAGCCAGGAAAAUCCAUAGUUCUGGAAAGCACAUACACUGGUAGCCUCCCAAUCUUGGUUGUAUGGAAGAAGAAUGGCAAAACCAUAACUCAGUCUGAAAAAUGCAGCAUCAUCACAACGGAAAAAUCUUGCAUUUUGGAAAUUCUCAAUAGUACAAAAGAUGAUGAAGGAGAAUACACUUGCCAUGUUGAGAACGAGGCGGGAGGGGAUGUUUGUGAAGCACUAGUAUCUACAUUAGAACCUCCUUAUUUUGUUACAUACUUGGGACCUCUGGAAGUAUCAGUUGGAGAUUAUACAACCUUACAUUGCCAAGUUGCUGGAACACCAGAAAUUACAGUGUCUUGGUACAAAGGAGAUACAAAACUAAGAUCUAGUCCUGAGUAUAAAAUGUUCUUUAGAGACAAUGUUGCUACUCUAGUUUUUAACAAAGUGGAUAACAAUGACAGCGGAGAAUAUAUCUGCAAAGCAGAAAACAGUGUAGGAACUGCAACUACAAAGGCUCUCUUAACAGUUCAAGCGCGCAAACUUCCGCCUUCAUUUGCAAGGAAAUUAAAGGACAUUGAACAAACUGUUGGCUUACCAGUUAAAUUUACCUGUCGUCUAAAUGGCUCAGAGCCUAUUAGUGUGACUUGGUAUAAAAAUGGUGUACCUUUAAGAGAUGACCAUAAUGUGCAAACCUCGUUCGUAGAUAAUGUAGCGAUUCUCCAGCUGUCUCAAACUGAGAUGAGUCACACUGCACAAUACUCUUGCACAGCUACCAAUGCCGUUGGAACUGCUACCUCUAGCGCAAGGCUCACAGUCUCAGAACCCAAGCAACCUCCCUUCUUUGAUAUAACACCUGCAUCCAUGGAAGUUCCUACUGGAGAAAGUGCUGAUUUUGAAUGUCAUGUUACUGGAGCCCAGCCAAUACAUGUCACCUGGACAAAAGAUGGCAGAGAGAUCCGAACUGGAGGAAACUAUAAUAUUACCUUUAUAGCAAACACAGCUCACCUGAGAAUUCUGAGAGCAGGCAAAGGAGACUCUGGCCAGUAUACCUGCCAAGCUAGCAACGAAGUUGGAAAAAACUUUUGCUCGGCCCAACUUAAUGUCAAAGAAGCGCCAAAGUUUGUUAAGAAACUAGAAGCGUCAAGAUUCCUGAAACAGGGAGAUUCAGUUCAACUUGAAUGUAAAAUAAGUGGCUCGCCUGAAAUCAAAGUUCUGUGGUACAGGAACGACACUGAGAUCCAUGCUAGUGAAAAAUACAGGCUUUUAUUCAGUGACUCUGUGGCAGUCCUCACCAUUACCGAUGCUAACAUUGAAGACAGUGGAGAUUACAUUUGUGAAGCCCACAAUUCUGCUGGUACUGCAAGCUGUAGCACUGUUGUCACAGUAAAAGAACCUCCCGUUUUUAGCAAGAAACCUACUCCGGUAGACACACUUAAAGGUUCGGAUAUUGUCAUUCAGUGUGAAAUUUCGGGAACCCCACCAUUUGAAGUAGCCUGGUUCAAAGACAGGAGGCAAGUCAGAAGCAGUAAGAAGUUCAAAGUUACAUCUAAAGACUUCACAGCCAGCGUUCACAUUCUCAACCUUGAAGCUUCAGACACUGGGGAGUACCAAUGCAAAGCCAUGAAUGAAGUGGGAAGUGACACUUGUGUUUGUGCUGUGAAAUUCAAAGAACCUCCGAGAUUUGUUCAGAAGUUAAGUGACACUGUAGCCUUUGUGGGGGAACCGAUCGCUCUGCAGGCUGUGGUGGAAGGCUCUCAACCUAUUUCGGUUCUGUGGCUUAAGGAUAAAGGCGAAAUCAUCAGAGAAAGCGAAAAUGUCCAGAUUUCCUUUAUGGAUAAUAUUGCUACUCUCGAGUUCGCAACCGCAGAGGGAGCCAAUGUUGGAAAGUACAUCUGCCAGAUCAAAAAUGACGCGGGGAUGAGGGAGUGCUCGGCAUUUUUACAAGUAUUAGAACCAGCAGUCAUUUUAGAGAAGCCAGAACCGAUGUCGGUUACGGCCGGGAAUUCUUUUACAUUAGAGUGCACAGUGAGUGGAACACCAGAACUUAUUACAAAGUGGUUUAAGGAUGGAAGAGAACUACAGAGUGGCCGCAAAUAUCAAAUCACCUUUUUCAACAAAGUAGCUACACUUAAAGUUCUUUCUGCGGAGGCAGGAGACAGGGGACUGUAUACAUUUGAAGUGCAAAACGAAGUUGGUGAAAGUAGCUGUACGUCCUCGGUUGAUGUUUCAGAUCGCAUUGUCCCUCCUUUUUUCACAAGGAAGUUAAAGGAAACAUGCGGGGUGCUGGGUUCCUCAGCACUGCUGGAGUGCAAAGUUUCUGGAUCACCACCCAUUUCAGUUGCCUGGUUCCAAGAUGGAAAUGAGAUUGUUAGUGGAGACAAAUAUGAAGUCUCAUUUUCAGACAACGUGUGUGGUUUGAAACUGAAUGCACUGGACUCAUCAGAUACCGGACCUUACACCUGUGUCGCCACAAAUGCUGCUGGAUCUGAUGAAUGCAGUGCCUUUUUGAUUGUGCAAGAACCACCCUCAUUUGCGAAGACACCCGAUCCCGUGGAAGUUCUCCCUGGGAUGAGUGUAACAUUCACGAGUCUCAUAAGAGGAACGGCUCCGUUCAAAGUUAACUGGUUUAGAGGAAUCAGGGAACUUGUGUCAGAUAGUACCUGCAACAUUUCUUUGGAGGAUACAGUUGCAGAACUGGAAUUGUAUGAAGUAGAACCACUCCACAGUGGAGAUUACACCUGUCGAGUCACUAAUGACGCUGGCAGUGUGUCUUGUACCACUCAUCUUUUUGUAAAAGAGCCAGCAACAUUUGUGAAGAAAUUAAGUGAUUCCAGUGUAGAGCAAGGGAAAUCCAUCCUUCUGGAAAGCACAUACAAAGGAACUCCUCCUAUUUCAGUAACAUGGAAGAAGAAUGGCUUCCACAUAACACAGUCCCCGAGAUGUAGUAUAACUACUACCGAAAAAUCGGGCAUACUGGAAAUUCCUAAGAGUACAAAAGAUGACGAAGGGGAAUACACUUGUGAGGUUGCCAAUGAUGCCGGAGCAGAUAUUUGCCAAGGCCAAAUAUCAAUCCUAGAACCGCCUUAUUUUGUGACACACUUGGAAUGUGUAGAGGUGACAGUCGGGGAGUCCGCAUCUUUUCAGUGCCAAAUUGCUGGGACGCCGGAAAUCAAAGUCUCCUGGUACAAAGAAGAUACAAAAUUAAGAUCGACUCCUGCUUAUAAAAUGUACUUCAAAAAUAAUGUGGCCGCGCUAGUUUUCAACCAGGUGGAAAGCAGUGACCUUGGAGAAUACAUCUGCAAAGCAGAAAACAGUGUUGGCUUUGCUUCUUCCACGGCUCUGCUCACUGUUAAAGACCGUAAGUUUCCACCGACCUUUGCAAGAAAACUAAAAGACAUUCAGGAGACUGUUGGUUCCCCCGUUACCUUUGAUUGUCGCAUAAAUGGCUCGGAACCUAUUCAGAUCUCAUGGCAUAAGGAUGGGGUGCUAUUACACGAUGAUGAUAACAUGCAAACAACGUUCUUAAAUAACGUAGCAACUCUUCAGAUCUUGCAGACCGACAUGGCUCACUGUGGCCAAUACUCGUGCUCAGCUCACAAUGUUCUUGGGACUGCUUCUUCCAGUGCCAAGCUCAUUCUCACAGAGCAUCUGAGACCUCCUGUCUUUGAUGUGAAACCAGAACCCAUUGAGGUGGCUCUUGGAGCAAGUGGUUCCUUUAAAUGCCACGUCACCGGAUCGGCGCCACUAAAAGUCACUUGGGCAAAAGAUAACAGAGAUAUCCGUCCUGGGGGCAACUACAAGAUCACCCUGGUGGAAAACACAGCCAGCUUGACAAUUCUAAAAGUAGGCAAAGGAGACUCCGGACUAUACACUUGUUCUGCGAGCAACAAUGCUGGAAAGGAUUCUUGCGCUGCUCAGCUAAGUGUGAAAGAACCACCAAGGUUUAUUAAGAAGCUAGACUCCUCUAGAGUUGUGAAACAGCAUGAUUCCACUACAUAUGAAUGCAAAAUAGGCGGUUCUCCAGAAAUCAAAGUCACCUGGUACAAAGAUGAAGCUGAAAUCCACGACAGCGAAAAAUACAGCAUGUCCUUCAUUGACACCGUGGCAGUCAUUGAAAUGCACAAUCUCAGUGUGGAAGACAGUGGAGAUUACACUUGUGAAGCUCGCAAUGCAGCGGGCACUGCAAACACCAGUACUUCAUUGAAAGUGACGACCUCACUCCUCCCUUAUAUAUCUAUUAACCUCUCUAUUAACAAACUUGAAUUGCACCUCCUCAUCGGCAUCACCUAUAUGGCCUGUGAUUUGAAUCUCAUUUCAGAACCUGCAGUCAUUGUAGAGAAGCCCGGCCCAAUGAAAGUCACUUCUGGAGACUCUUGUACUCUAGAAUGCACAGUGGACGGCACACCAGAGCUCACUACUAGGUGGUUUAAGGAUGGGAAUGAGCUGUCUACUGAUCACAAAUACAAAAUAAGCUUUUUCAACAAAGUGUCUGGGCUUAAGAUCCACAAUGCAGUAGUAGAAGACAGUGGGGAGUAAACUUUUGAGGUGAAAAACAGUGUUGGUCAAAGCAGAUGCACAGCUUCAGUGCGUGUUUCAGAUCGCAUUAUACCUCCUUCUUUCACAAGAAAACUGAAAGAAAGCAAUGGUCUGUUGGGUUCCUUUGUUGUUCUGGAGUGCAAAGUGUAUGGGUCACCACCUAUUUCUGUUUCCUGGUUCCAUGAAGGAUAUGAGGUCACUAGUGGAGACAAGUAUCAGACGACCCUUACAGACAAUGCUUGCUCUUUGAAAGUGAACACACUAAAGGAAUCUGAUAUGGGAACUUACUCAUGCACAGCUACUAAUGUAGCUGGAUCUGAUGAAUGCAGUGCAUAUUUGACUGUUAGAGAACCUCCUUCUUUUGUGAAGAAACCUGAUCCCCUGCAAGUUUUAUCUGGGGCAAAUAUAACUUUUACUAGUAUCCUAAAAGGCACCCCUCCACUGGAUGUUAAAUGGUUCAAAGGAAGUGUCGAGCUAGUACCGGGACAUACAUGCAACAUCUCCUUGGAAAAUUCAGUUGCACAACUGGAGCUGUUUGAUGUACAGCCACUCCAAAGUGGAGACUACACCUGUCUGGUCACUAAUGAGGCUGGCAAAGUUUCUUGCACAACACAGCUCUUUGUAAAAGAACCAGCUAAAUUUGUGAAAAAAAUGAAUAAUCUCAAUGUGGAGAAAGGAAAACCAUUAAUUCUGGAAUGCACAUACUCUGGUACCCCUCCGAUUGCAGUCUUAUGGAAGAAAAAUGGAUACAAAGUAGUUCAUUCUGCCAAAUGCAGCAUCACCACCACAGAAACCUCUGCCAUACUGGAAGUUCCAAGUAGUAAAAUAGAAGAUCAGGGACAAUACACUUGCCACAUUGAGAAUGAUUCUGGACGAGAUCUUUGUCAAGCUGACAUCUCAGUAUUAGAACCACCUUACUUUGUUACACGCUUGGAACCUGCUCAGGUGACAGUUGGGGAUUCUGCGUCAUUACAAUGCCAAGUUGCUGGCACACCAGAAAUUGUUGUAUCAUGGUACAAAGGAGAUACGAAACUAAGAGCAACUCCUACCUCUAAAAUGCACUUUAAGAACAACGUUGCCACUUUGGUUUUCAGCCAGGUGGAUAGUGGUGAUAGUGGGGAGUAUAUCUGCAAAGCAGAAAACAGUGUUGGAGAGGCUUCUUCAUCAGCUUUGCUCUCUGCUCAAGAACGUAAACUUCCUCCUUCAUUCACACGAACUCUGAGAGACAUUCAUGAAACUGUUGGCUUACCAGUUACAUUUGAUUGUGGCAUAACCGGCUCAGAACCUAUUGAAGUAUUCUGGUCUAAAGAUGGCAUACAUAUCCAAGAUGGCUACAAUGUUCAAACCUCCUUCUUAAAUAAUGUAGCAACUCUCCAGUUUUUGCAGACUGACAAGAGCCUUACUGGACAAUACACUUGUACAGCUUCCAACGCUAUUGGAACUGCUUCUUCCAGUGCCAGCCUUGUGCUUACAGAAGGGAAGAAUCCUCCAUUGUUUGACAUCCCAAUUGCACNCAGCGCUCUCUCUAAGGGAUACAAAUUUCUGAUUCUUCCUCUUCAGAAUAGGGCAUUCAUGAAUGUAGUUAUUCUUCCAGCUCUUCCCAAGGCAGAAAUUCGUAAACUUCCUCCUUCAUUCACACGAACUUUGAGAGACAUUCAUGAAACUGUUGGCUUACCAGUUACAUUUGAUUGCGGCAUAACUGGCUCAGAACCUAUUGAAGUAUCCUGGUCUAAAGAUGGUGUACAUAUCCAAGAUAGCUACAGUGUGCAAACUUCCUUCUUAAAUAAUGUAGCAACUCUCCAGUUUUUGCAGACUGACAAGAGCCUUGCUGGGCAAUACACUUGUACAGCUUCCAAUGCUAUUGGAACUACUUCUUCCAGUGCCAGGCUCGUGCUUACAGAAGGGAAGAAUCCUCCAUUGUUUGACAUCCCAAUUGCACCCGUGGAUGCUUUUGCUGGGGAUAGUGCUGACUUUGAAUGUCACAUAUCAGGAACACAACCAAUUAAGGUCACUUGGGCAAAAAAUAACCAAGAGAUACGGACUGGAGGAAAAUACCAGAUCAGUUAUGUAGAAAACAUAGCCCAUUUGACAAUUCUGAAUGCUGACAAUGCAGACUCUGGAAUGUAUACAUGCCAUGCUAGCAAUGAAGUUGGAAAGGACUCUUGUGCAGCUCAGCUUAGUAUUAAAGAACGAAAAAUUCCACCUAGUUUUACAAAGAAACUAUCUGAAAUGGUAGAAGAAACGGAAGGGAACACCCUUAAACUUGAGGGCCGUGUUUCCGGUUCUCAGCCUCUGAACAUUGCUUGGUAUAAAAACAAUCAAGAGAUCUAUCAGAGUCCCAAUUGUGAAAUAUCUUUCCUGAACAACACCAUACUUCUGCGAAUUAAAGGUGCAAGGCAGGCUGAUUCUGGCUUAUAUACCUGCAAAGUGUCCAAUGAAGCAGGAAGUAUAUUGUGUACUUCUUCCGUUGUUAUUAAAGAACCAGCAGUCAUUUUAGACAAGCCAGAACCGAUGUCAGUUACGGCUGGGGAUUCUUUUACAUUAGAGUGCACAGUGGGUGGAACACCAGAACUUAUUACAAAGUGGUUUAAGGAUGGAAGAGAACUACAGAGUGGCCGCAAAUAUCAAAUCACCUUUUCUAACAAAGUAGCUAUGCUUAAAGUUCUUUCUGCGGAGGCAGGAGACAGGGGACUGUAUACAUUUGAAGUGAAAAACGAAGCUGGUGAAAGUAGCUGUACAUCCUCGGUUGAUGUUUCAGAUCGCAUUGUCCCUCCUUUUUUCACAAGGAAGUUAAAGGAAACAUGCGGGGUGCUGGGUUCCUCAGCACUGCUGGAGUGCAAAGUUUCUGGAUCACCACCCAUUUCAGUUGCCUGGUUCCAAGAUGGAAAUGAGAUUGUUAGUGGAGACAAAUAUGAAGUCUCAUUUUCAGACAACGUGUGUGGUUUGAAACUGAAUGCACUGGACUCAUCAGAUACCGGACCUUACACCUGUGUCGCCACAAAUGCUGCUGGAUCUGAUGAAUGCAGUGCCUUUUUGAUUGUGCAAGAACCACCCUCAUUUGCGAAGACACCCGAUCCCGUGGAAGUUCUCCCUGGGAUGAGUGUAACAUUCACGAGUCUCAUAAGAGGAACGGCUCCGUUCAAAGUUAACUGGUUUAGAGGAAUCAGGGAACUUGUGUCAGAUAGUACCUGCAACAUUUCUUUGGAGGAUACAGUUGCAGAACUGGAAUUGUAUGAAGUAGAACCACUCCACAGUGGAGAUUACACCUGUCGAGUCACUAAUGACGCUGGCAGUGUGUCUUGUACCACUCAUCUUUUUGUAAAAGAGCCAGCAACAUUUGUGAAGAAAUUAAGUGAUUCCAGUGUAGAGCAAGGGAAAUCCAUCCUUCUGGAAAGCACAUACAAAGGAACUCCUCCUAUUUCAGUAACAUGGAAGAAGAAUGGCUUCCACAUAACACAGUCCCCGAGAUGUAGUAUAACUACUACCGAAAAAUCGGGCAUACUGGAAAUUCCUAAGAGUACAAAAGAUGACGAAGGGGAAUACACUUGUGAGGUUGCCAAUGAUGCCGGAGCAGAUAUUUGCCAAGGCCAAAUAUCAAUCCUAGAACCGCCUUAUUUUGUGACACACUUGGAAUGUGUAGAGGUGACAGUCGGGGAGUCCGCAUCUUUUCAGUGCCAAAUUGCUGGGACGCCGGAAAUCAAAGUCUCCUGGUACAAAGAAGAUACAAAAUUAAGAUCGACUCCUGCUUAUAAAAUGUACUUCAAAAAUAAUGUGGCCGCGCUAGUUUUCAACCAGGUGGAUAGUGGUGAUAGUGGGGAGUAUAUCUGCAAAGCAGAAAACAGUGUUGGAGAAGCUUCUUCAUCAGCCUUGCUUUCUGUUCAAGAACGUAAACUUCCUCCUUCAUUCACACGAACUCUGAGAGACAUUCAUGAAACUGUUGGCUUACCAGUUACAUUUGAUUGUGGCAUAACCGGCUCAGAACCUAUUGAAGUAUUCUGGUCUAAAGAUGGCAUACAUAUCCAAGAUGGCUACAAUGUUCAAACCUCCUUCUUAAAUAAUGUAGCAACUCUCCAGUUUUUGCAGACUGACAAGAGCCUUACUGGACAAUACACUUGUACAGCUUCCAACGCUAUUGGAACUGCUUCUUCCAGUGCCAGCCUUGUGCUUACAGAAGGGAAGAAUCCUCCAUUGUUUGACAUCCCAAUUGCACCCGUGGAUGCUUUUGCUGGGGAUAGUGCUGACUUUGAAUGUCACAUAUCAGGAACACAACCAAUUAAGGUCACUUGGGCAAAAAAUAACCAAGAGAUACGGACUGGAGGAAAAUACCAAAUCAGUUAUAUAGAAAACAUAGCCCAUUUGACAAUUCUGAAUGCUGGCAAUGCAGACUCUGGAAUGUAUACAUGCCAUGCUAGCAAUGAAGUUGGAAAGGACUCUUGCGUAGCUCAGCUUAGUAUUAAAGAACGAAAAAUUCCACCUAGUUUUACAAAGAAACUAUCUGAAAUGGUAGAAGAAACAGAAGGGAACAUCCUUAAACUUGAAGGCCGUGUUUCUGGUUCUCAGCCUCUGACCAUUGCUUGGUAUAAAAACAAUCAAGAGAUCUAUCAGGGUCCUAAUUGUGAAAUAUCAUUCCUAAACAACAACAUACUUCUGCAAAUUAAGAGCGCAGGGCAGGCUGAUGCUGGUUUAUAUACCUGCAAAGUGUCCAAUGAAGCAGGAAGUGUAUUGUGUACUUCUUCCGUUGUUAUUAAAGAACCAAAAAAGCCACCAGUGUUUGACCAACCUCUUAGACCAGUGACAAUAGCAGAAGGAGAUAUUUUGCAGCUCAGCUGCCACGUCCAGGGAUCACAGCCAAUCAGGAUUCAGUGGCUGAAGGCUGGGAGAGAAAUAAAAGCUUCAGAUAAAUGCAACUUUAGCUUUGCUAAUGGAACAGCUCUUUUGGAACUCACCGCAGUUACUAAAACUGAUGCAGGCGAAUAUGUGUGCAAAGCUAUAAAUGUGGCUGGAAGUGACUCUUGCAAGUCAAAAGUGACAGUGAAAGAAAAACCAGCAGCUGCACCAGCAGCUAAGAAAGCACCAGUGGAUGGAAAGCUGUACUUUAUCUCAGAGCCUAAGAGUAUCAAAAUUGUGGAAAAGAGUGUUGCAACAUUUCUUGCUAAAGUUGGAGGUGAUCCAAUCCCAAAUGUUAAAUGGACUAAGGGAAAGUGGAGACAACUCAACCAGGGAGGUCGCAUUUUCAUCCAGCAGAGAGGAGACGAAGCCAAACUAGAAAUAAGGGAUGCAACAAAAACUGAUUCUGGAACGUACAGAUGUGUAGCUUUCAAUGAACAUGGUGAAAUUGAGAGCAGUGCCAACCUACAAGUUGAAGAACGAAGGCAAGAAGUAAUUGAAGGAGAUCUGAGAGCCAAACUGAAGAGUACUCCAACCAAAAAGAAGGAAGAAGAGGAAGAGAAGCCCAUUGAUAUCAUGGAACUUCUCAAAAAUGUUGAUCCUAAAGAAUAUGAGAAGUAUGCUCGCAUGUAUGGAAUUACAGAUUUCCGUGGCCUCCUCCAAGCCUUUGAGCUGCUAAAGCAAAGCCAAGAGGAAGAAAGUCAUAGAUUGGAAAUUGAGGUAACAGAGAGAGCUCGCAAAGAAGAACAGGAUUUGACGAACUUGUAUCAUUAUUCAGCAAAGACUCAACAGACAGAGGAUAUUGAAAACCAGGCCGUUUUAGCAGAUGAAGACGCUAUAGUUGAAUGUGAAAUUAAGAUAUUAUCCAGAAAUCAAAACCUCCUGGUACAAAGGAACUCAAAAAUUGAAUUGCUAGUAACAAAUCGCAUUAUACCUCCUUCUUUCACAAGAAAACUGAAAGAAGUUAAUGGUCUCUCUGGUUCUUCUGUUGUGCUGGAUUGCAAAGUGUCUGGGUCACCACCUAUUUCUGUAUCCUGGUUCCAUGAUGGACAUGAGAUCACUAGUGGAGACAAGUAUCAGAUGACUGUCACAGACAAUACUUGCUCUUUGAAAGUGAACACACUAAAGGAAUCUGAUAUGGGAACUUACUCAUGCUCAGCUACUAACGUAGCUGGAUCUGAUGAAUGCAGUGCAUAUUUGACUGUUAGAGAACCUCCUUCUUUCGUGAAGAAACCAGAUCCCCUGCAAGUUUUAUCUGGGGCAAAUAUAACUUUUACCAGUAUCCUAAAAGGCACCCCUCCAUUGGAUGUUAAAUGGUUCAAAGGUAGCGUUGAACUAGUACCGGGACACAGAUGCAACAUCUCCUUGGAAAAUUCAGUUGCAGAACUGGAGCUGUUUGAU